AUGUUUUGCUUCGCAGGCCGGCGGCCAGUUACGGAACGUGCACCACAAGAUGACUUGCUGACGCUCACUAGACCAGGUUUUCAGCAGGUUCGUUCUUCACAGGGCCGUUUAUUCUACCUUCCAGCAUUUCCGACCAAUUCUACUCCUACCUACCCUGGGUUUUUUCGAAGCCGCACACCUCGAUCGACCUGUCUCUGCAUAACAUCGGUGCGUGCAGACGCCCGCAGCCGAAGACAGCCUCUAGGCGCAAGCCGCACAGCUCAACUACCUUUCAGAAUUCUGGCGCGUUCACGAGAAAGUGCUAAACGUCUCCUUCGUCUCAACUUAUCCCAGCCCUCUUCCCAGCCGGUUAUAAUCCCAAGUGCAGCUCAGUCGCUGUCAGAGGGCGCAGCGAGGUCAGGGAACGUGCAGGAUAUGGUGUCUGCCGAUGGAGGAAGGCACUCUCCAGUCCGGAGAGAAAGGGGUGGAUCCAGUGUAGGCGGGCCUGUGAGUGGCAUGGUACAUCGGCCUCAGCUUGUCGAAGAAGCUCGGACAGCAUCAUAUCAACCAAAACACACUGAGACUUCUGCUCCUGUCAGCGCACUCUGUGAUGAAAAGCCUAUUGCGUCUGGAAAUGGCCUGUCAAUCUCAAUAUCCCUUGCCGAGCCGGUGCUGUACCUCCAAGGUUUUGAUCAAAACGAUUCCACGAGUGGCACUACUACCAUGCUUCGUGGAAGCCUCCAUCUACAUGUGACUAAACAGGCGAAACUCAAAUCGAUUUCUCUGAAUUUUAAGGGCAGGUCUGACACGGAAUGGCCCGAAGGGAUUCCUCCCCGAAGGACAGAAUUCCGUGAUACAGAGAUCAUCAUGAAUCACACAUGGCCAUUUUUCAAUGCGCAGUUUCCGCAUGCUGAGAAUAGCUAUUGUGCCGAUCUCGUACAUUUGGCAAAGGGCCCAGUGGUUUCCACCAAGGAAGUCGGUGUAACGGCUUCGUCAUUCGAUCUGUUUCAACGUACUGCGUCGCCACGACCGAACGUGAGCUCGCGCGAAGCUAAAAGACUCUCUUUGCAAUUGAACCAGUCGAGAAGUUUCGGCAAGGGCGACAAUAUCAACGGUGGCCCUACAGUAGCUCAAAAAGGCUUCAAGGUCUUCCACCCUGGUGAUUAUGUCUAUAAUUUUGAGCUCCCGGUGGACUCGCGACUUCCCGAAUCUAUCAAUGUUGAGCUCGGAAAUGUCAAGUACGAGCUGGAGGCUCUGGUAGAGCGAUCUGGUGCUUUCAGAGCAAAUCUGGUAGGAACCAAGGAAUUGACCAUGAUUCGUGCACCGGCGGAGGGGUCAUUGGAACAGAUCGAGCCCAUUGCCAUAUCACGGAACUGGGAAGACCAACUCCAUUACGAUAUCGUCAUUUCUGGCAAAUCUUUUCCAUUGGGUGCGUCUGUACCGAUUGCCUUCAAACUGACACCACUUGCAAAAGUACAGUGUCAUCGAAUCAAGGUUUUCGUCACAGAGAACAUCCAAUAUUUUACUGCCAACAAGCGCGUUCACCGUCUAGAACCAACCCGAAAGGUGCAACUAUUCGAGAAGCGAGCGGAUGGUCCAAGUGUCUCUGCUUAUCCAGGAAGUUCCAUACGUGUUACAGCAGGGGGUGGUAUUGCUUGGGAUCAUCGAGAAGCAGCCGCUCGAGGGGAGGAGAAUGUUCCAAGAGAUCCAUCGAAUCUGCUGGGUAACCUUGAGCACGAUAGCGCCAGUAUCGGUCCUACAGAGAUGGAGUUUAGCGUCAAGCUUCCCAGCUGUCAUCAGAUGAAGGAUCGAGCCAAAAGUGAGAAAAUCCACUUCGACACCACCUAUCAGAAUAUCCAGGUAAACCAUUGGAUCAAGAUCGUCAUGCGCUUGUCGAGAGCAGACGAGAACGAUUCUUCGAAGAGAAGGCAUUUCGAGAUCUCGAUAGACUCCCCAUUUCACAUUCUCUCGUGUCGAGCCACAGCAGCAAACACUUAUCUACCAGCCUAUACAGCUGGUGGAGUGCCAGCCACACCUGCUGAUGAAUUCGAAUGUGGAUGCCCUGGUGCGGCAAUGAAAAGACGUAAUACUCCUACCACUCUUCCAACUACAAAUGCCUCCACCACCAGCCUCGACUCUAUCCCAGUAUUGCCUACACGAAGCUGGACGAACAGUACAGCGGGUCUCACGGCUCCAAGACCUGCUCAUGUGCAUGACCCUAGUACUGGUGUACAAGAUCCGAAUUCAGGUGCUCCACGACCCAUGCAUCUUUUACGCAAUCCAUCCUUUAAUCCGCCGCCUUUCAACGAGGAAGAACCACCACCACCUGUGAUGACGCCUCCACCCAACUACGAGAACAUCGUCAAUGGUGAUUCUAGACACGCUUUGGCAGAUUAUUUCUCCCGACUGGCUGACGAAAUGGGUGAUGACGACGAGCAAGAGGAUAGAGGAAGAGUUGAUAUUCCUUUGACACCCGGUGGAAGAAUUAACCGCAGUAUGGAUGCAAGCAGGACAUGGUUGCCACUUGGUGCGCCUGCUGGAGUGUGA